GGACGUCACCUCGAUGCAAGCUGCUUGUCUUUUCUUCCUCCCCGUCCUCGCAUCUCUCACUUCGCUGCAAGCGCCAUAGCUUAGCAGCAAGUUCUCUCCUCUUUCGUCCUUGCGAGUCGUGGAUCCGGGAAGAGUACUCUUAGCCGAGAAGAUGGCGGCGGCACGUAGUGCUUUUUUGGUGAUGGUGGUGUUGGUAGCGUCGGUGUUCGCUACUGCUAGCGCGGCCGAUCUCUUUGGCACUCUCCAGAGCGAUCAACGGUUCAAGGUCGUGGUGAAGGCCCUCGUCGACACACAGGAAGUCGACGCUCUCAGAGAUCGAUCCAACGGAUCAGUGCCGUUCGUCUUCAUCGCGCAGACUGAUGCUGCCCUCCAAGAGGGCCUCGGUCUUGAUGGUCUGGCGUGCAUCACCCGGCCCGAGCACGUUAAGGACCAUAUGGUGCAGAUUCUGCGAUUCAUGGAGGUCGGACCCUUGUCGCAUCCGGUGAAGACGGCAGCGGAUCUGUCCUCGGUUGCAGUCGACGGCAAACUGGCGACCAUCAACGGCAUGCCGAUCUUCGUGGAGCCGGCGACGGGAAGCGGAGUCAUCCUCAGCGGCGAUGCUGAGCAAGAGCAGUUCUCGGCAACGGUAGCGGAGGUGAAGCAGAUCAACGCGAACGUGACCCUUGUCGUCGUUGCGAACGGUUUCCUUGUCCCCGCACAGGUCGAAGAGCAAAUCACGAUGGCCUGCUUCCCGUCCGCAGCAUCGUCGUCCUCCCCCGCAGUUCCCCUCGCCCCAUCGUCCAAUCAUGCCCCGUCAUCCAAGUCGGCAGAGGCUGCUCCCUCAUCUUCGCAAUCCACUCGUAGAGAGAUGCUCCGGACCAUGCUUAUCUUCUUUGUGUCGUCCCAUACUGAAAUUUAACGUAUCUGAAUUUGCAAAACACCGAGUCGUGUUUCGGCCGGGAAUAUGUUCCGAGGACCGAAAUCAAUCUCUCUCCUCUCCGCUUGAAUAAAUGCUCAUAUGACCU